AUGCUACCCGCACUCUUGGAGGUUGUAGCUGAGACAGACUCAGACCAUGUUUCUGAUUCUGAUGAGGCCACAAGUGAACCUCCAACAUCGUCAGCAACAGCUGAAACAUUGCAUAAUGAACCUACCAGCACAACACAAACUCUCGUCAGUAGUAUUCCACCUAGCAACAGCGGCAAGGCAGAGUCAUAUUGCCUCGUUGACUUUCCACCCAUUUUGCCCUGGAACGCAUCUCGGAAAGCUUAUAUUGUUGGCUACCAUGCCCUCCGUGAUUGGGCAGAGAAGGCAAAACAGCAGAUGGAGGCCGACUAUGCCAUGAAGAAGUUGAUGGAAGCCGAAAACGGAUGGUUGCGACGGCAGUUGUUUGGGCAGAAGCAGAAUGGCCUGCAGAGGGAAGGUGGCUCAGGCUCUCGCCACAUGACCUGUGAUGAUAUGCUCGAUGCCCUUGCAAAAGCUGACUGGACUGCGAACAUCAAGGUUGUUCACACCGAGGCUGCAAAAAAGUUCAGAGGAAUUCGGCAGGUAAUACGAGAUCUGUCACGAGUACCUUUAACAAACCAUUAUUCUUUCUUGAAUCUUCCUAAGCGCCAAUACACAGCGCCUAAGUCAAACCCUAACCCUACCCUGAAAGCGUCUACCAGUUCAAAGAUUCCUUUAGCGCCCACGACACGUGUCUUCGAUGUGACUGAUGAAGAAGAUGAGUUCUUUGAUUGUGAAUAG